CUGUUGCCGCAAAUAAGGGUGUCACUGGUACUCCGAAGACGAAGGCGAAACCAUUAACAAAGUUUGAUAUCCAAAGGAGCUUGAAUCUGACAUGGCUACGAUGAUUCUCCAUUCAUCGCUGCUGUCCCUCACCUCUGCCGCUAAAAUCACAUCCCUUAGCAUUGCAGUGGUGAGGUCCGACUCCUCUCCCUCCCGCCCCAGCUCCCCGGUGGCGGUGCCAUACCAGAGCCUCACUCCCUCCUUAUUAUGCUCUUGUGGAAGAAGGCACUUGAUUCAAGCAUGUGCAACUGCUCUGCUUCCAAUUUCCCCUUCCCACGCUGCUCCUUUACUCUCUGAUUCCACGGCAAUGUUGAACAGGGUUCACCCUCCAAGGCCAGAUUGGUAUGAGGAAUUGUAUGCAGCGGUCUUAGACAAAGGCAUGGAAGCUUAUGAGGCAGAGAUUGCAGGCUACAAAUCACAGUUGUUUUCUAAUUUGAGUGGGAAAGCCAAGAAAGUGUUGGAGAUUGGCAUUGGGACUGGUCCUAAUCUCAAAUAUUAUGCCAAUGGUACUGAUAUCGAGGUUUUCGGCAUAGAUCCGAACAUGAAGAUGGAGAAGUACGCCAAGGCAGCGGCAGUUGCAUCUGGACUACCCCCAACAAAUUUUAAAUUUAUACAUGCAGUUGGGGAGGCUUUGCCAUUAAGUGAUGCUGCUGUUGAUGCAGUUGUUGGAACACUUGUACUAUGCUCUGUUAAAGAUGUUGAUACGGCACUGAAAGAGGUGAAGCGGGUGCUAAAACCAGGUGGGCUUUACUUAUUUGUGGAGCAUGUUGCUGCAAGAGAUGGAACAGUCCUCAGAUUCCUACAGAAUGUUCUUGAUCCAUUGCAACAGACAGUUUCUGACGGGUGUCACUUGACCAGGGAAACCGGCAAGCAUAUAUUUGAAGCUGGGUUUUCAGGUGUCAACAUUAGCUCAACUUCGUUGCGUAAUGCCUUAGUUGCAAGCCCUCAUGUGUAUGGGAUAGCUUGUAAGUAACACUGGAAGUAAAUUGAGGUUGGAUAGGCUAUCACAGUAACACCAAAAGGAAAGGAAAGCAAGGUUAUAUGCCAGUGUAAUUGUAGUGGUUGAGUUACUUUUAACAUGGAUUGCAGAUCUUGACUGGGCUUAAAAAUAGAGGUCAGCCCAACAGUAUGUGUUGAUUUGGGGCCCAUUUUGAGAAUUCCACUGAAUAUCUACAAACAGUCCUGAUGGGGUGUUUUGACAAAUAUUGAUGACUUUUGGUUGUGAGGAAUGUUGUCCCCUAAAUGAACAAUUUGGGAUAUGACCUUACUUCAAGGGCUGAGGUUGAUUUUAC